GCCGUGGGCGUCGUCUGCUGGCUCGGGGGCAUCAUCUUCAUCGACCGCAAGAGAACGCACGACGCCAUCAGCGUCAUGGCCGAGGCUGCGCACACCAUGCUCAGCCAGGACGUGCGGGUGUGGGUGUUCCCCGAGGGCACGCGCAACCACAGCGGCUCCAUGCUGCCCUUCAAGCGCGGCGCCUUCCACCUGGCCGUGCAGGCCCAGGUCCCCGUUGUCCCCAUCGUCAUCUCGUCCUACCAGCACUUCUACAGCAAACGGGAGCGCAGGUUCACCGCCGGUGAGUGCGUGAUCCAGGUGCUGCCGCCGCUGCCCACGCGGGGGCUGGGCCCGGCCGAUGUCCCCGCGCUGACCGAGCGCGUCCGCGCCGCCAUGCUGGACGCCUUCGAGGCCCUGUCGGCCGAGCUGCGGCCUCCGGCCACGCCCGCUGACCACCGGAGUGACCAACGGAGUGACCACCGGAGUGACCACCAGAGUGACCCAAGUGGUGACCCAAGGGGUGACCAACACAGCGCUAUGGCCACUCUGAGUGACCACCGGAGUGACCAACAGAGUGACCCAAGAGGUGACCACCGGAGUGACCAACGGAGUGACCACCGGAGUGACCCAAGGGGUGAUCACCAGAGUGACCCAAGGGGUGACCCAAGAGGUGACCACCGGAGUGACCAACACACACCCAUGGCCACCCUGAGUGACCCACUGAGUGACCAGCAGAGUGAUCACCAGAGUGACCCAAGGAGUGACCCCCAGAGUGACCAACACAGCCCCACGGCCACACCAAGUGACCACCAGAGCCCCACGGCCCUGAGUGACCCCUGGAGUGACCAACACAACCACACGGCCAGCCAGAGUGACCCCUGGAGUGACCCCCGGAGUGACCACCGGAGUGACCACCGGAGUGACCACCACAGCCCCACGGCCACCCAGAGUGACCCGCAGUGUCCGGCGGUGACCCCGAGUGACCCCCAGCGCCCCACGCCGCAGUGACCCCUGACCCUGCAGCCCCAGGGUGGACCUGGCAGUGGGGCACGGACUGACCCCCGAGUGGGGACAAACUGACCCCUGGGUGGGGACAGACUGACCCCCAAGUGGGGACAAACUGACCCCUGAGUGGGGACAAACUGACCCCUGAGUGGGGACAAACUGACCACUCACUGGGGCCCAAAGUGACCCCCAAGUGAGGCCACAGCUGACCCCCAAGUGGGGUCCGGACUGACCCUGAAGUGUGGCCUGGACUGACCCCAAGUAGGGACAAACUGACCCCUAAGGGGGGACAAACUGACCCCUGGGUGUGGCCUGGCCUGACCCCUGGGUGUGGCCUGGCCUGACCCCUGGGUGGGGCCUGGCCUGACCCCCAAGUGAGGCCACAGCUGACCCCCAGAGUGGGGCCCAAAAUGACCCCCCAGUGGGGCCCGGAGUGACCCCAGGGUGACCCCGGGGUGCCCCAGAGCAGGACGAGGCUGUGACCCCCGGCCAGGGCGUGGCUGGGUGUGGCUGGGCGUGGCCAGUGCUGAUUGGCUGCUGCAGCCAAGCCCCGCCCCCUCGAUGCUGUGUAUUUAUUGGGGGGGGAAGGUGCGCGGAUUUUGCCAAAUUUCCCUCCCGGCCCCGCUCGGGGCCCCCCCAGCUUUUAAUAAACCCCCCCAAAAAUCG